AUGCUCCGUCGCACUUCGAUUGAUGAGCGGAAGAUUGCACGUGAUCAAAAUCUCCAUAGUGAUUGGAUUGUAUCGGCCGCCAUAUUUGUUUUGGUUUGCCAUGUGGAAUGUCGACAACAACUUACGGAAGCGGCUUUCUUGUGUGUUUUGGUUUAUUUUGAGGUCAUGAAAAUUACAGACAAUAUGCAGGCAGACAUGGAAACCCUUGACGAACUUCCAGAUAUAGAUAAACUGGAUCUGGAAGGAAAUGAUGGCUCGUGUGAGAGUGAAAUCGAUCGGUUAGAGUUGUAUUCGCCCGGUUUAGAUUCCCCGACUGAAAGAGGUGUAGCCAAAACUAAGAAAGAAGAGGAUUUAAUUUUGAAAAUUAUAAAACAGACAAAAGCACUCGGCUCUAAUACACUAGAACUAUGUAAUAAAGGACUGUUACAAAUUCCACGAGAACUGCUAGAACUGAAUAACCUUGAGUACCUGUACUUGGAGGGAAAUGAACUGACCGGUCUUCCUGAUGACUUUUUCGACUGCUUGCCCAGGUUGACCUGGCUUGACCUCAGGAAGAACAAACUUUUACGAUUACCGAGUGUGUACACUGGCCGACAUAAUCACCUUCGGACACUUCUCUUGGAGGGAAACAAACUCCGAAGUCUUCCACUUGAAUUAGGCUUAAUAAAAAGCUUAAAUGGUCUUAAUAUCAGCAAUAAUCCCAUUGAAUUUCCCCCAAAAGACAUCAUGGAAAAAGGCACAGCUGAAAUCUUGAAGUUUCUCAGGGAAAUGCUCCAAGCAAAGUCAUCAGGACAACUCCUGAAUGGUUCCCCCGGUAACGAGAGCAGCAGUAGUAGUUCUGACGACUGGGACGAUGGCGACGAUCUCCAGGACUACGCCAAGCGCCGCCAGAGGACGCUGGCUCUAGAGGAUGCCAAAAGCACCACCACCAAAUCUUCUGACCCAUUCGGACCAGUACCACAGCCGGUGGCACUCCACCAACCGGUCAGUUACACCGACAAGAAACUGGAAAAGGCCGAGAAAGUUCGCAAGGCAGGAGCUUCAGGGACAGUGGAAAGAGUUGAAUCAGCAUACUGUACAAGAGAGGCCAUGUAUAUGGAUAUUAGUUUUCGACACAUGCUCGAGUGUGGAAGGAGAGCUUCGCUCCAUCAGAUUUCUUUGAACAAACCUAGAUGCAGGUUUGAUGCCAAUCGUAAAAAGUCAGCCAGCAGUGUGUUGAACUGGAGGGUGAACCCCUACCCCGAACCCCCUCCUGAAGAAUACGCUAACUUCAAAAUGACAGAGGAACGAAAACUUGCCAAGGUCAAGGAACACAAACAGAAAACAGAAGCCAUUAUACAAAGGAGAAAGGACAAUGAAGCAUUGAAAGACUGGAGAGUGAAAUCAAAAAAGAUGCAGCAAAAGAAACAUUAUGAGAGCAUGAUGAAAGGAACAAAAGAUUAUGUUGAUGCCGUGGAGAAAGCCCCUUUUGAUAUUGACAAAAAUCAUAUGAAAAUUCCAACCAAUGAGGAGAGAAUCAAGGAGGAUGUGAAGAAUGCCCAUGAAAAGGUACGGAGAGCCCUGUCACCAAGCACUCGUCAACGCAUAGAGGAAGAGAAGACUGCAAGAAUACGGGAGUUAGAGAGAAGAAUAAAACAGCACACAUCACAGAUGCAUGACAGAAGAAAACUACCGAAGGGUACCCCACAGGAAGAAAUGGAGGCUGCCAGAAGGGAGCUAGAAAUUGUGAAAUCUCUACAGAAAGACCUGCUAAAGCGCUAUCAGGAACUCAAAGCAUGGACCACAGAUUCGCAGCUUUCCAGAAAGUUUCCUCAUGCAUUUGGUAGAAGUUCUAAUACUUCCACUAGAGAUUUAUUGCAAUUCCAUAGUCUGGCCAGCUGAGGACCUGCACAAGGAAUUGAUGUCCACAAGGAAGAAUCUAGAGUACCGGUUUAAGGCGUUCACAGGAGAUCUUAGUUCUGGUCAGAUAUACAGAAGAAAUCGUGUCCCAAAAAUCUAGUCAUUAUUGUCCAACGAUUACCAGUGUAGAAUUCAAAACUCAAGCAUAGUGAUGGAAAGUGCUUAAAUGCGAAAUUACCAUUGUAUGUGAAGACUCUGGCCAAUAAAGUUGACACUGCAGUUGUUCUAUGAAAGGUGCUAACGUAAAAUUGCUAAUUUUAAAUAAAUUUUUAUCCUUAUGAAUAUGGACAAAUUUACACCAUUUAUAGAUAUUCACUAGUUACUGACGUUCUGUAUUCAACUGUAUAUCUUUUGAUUGUUUUCUAUGCAAUGAUUAACAAAAAAUCUGAAUAUUAGAUUAUUACUGAGGACAGAUGGUUCGAUAUAAUUGUUUCUAAGUGAGUAUUUCCAUGUUUUUCUUGGCAUUGAUACAUUUCAGGUUACCUAAAAAUGCACACCCAUAAUGCCUGCAAUUGCAGCUUGGGACCUAUUUAUUUUGAAAUUGAUGAACUUAUAUAAACUGUAUAUGUAUUUACUUUUAUUUGAUCAACAUAUAUUUCAAUCCGUCCACAUUACAUAUAUAAACAUGGUGUUUUGUUUUAAGUGUUAAAUAAAAUUUUGUCGAACAA